AGGGCGGAGCCUUAGCGAGCCAUUCACCUUGGUAACCGGACGUGACGACGGUGGAAGCCACCCGGCAGAGCUCUGCUCCUGGCUGGCGGCGUCGAUAGGCGGGGCGGCCGAGCCAGACUCAGCUUUCUUCACCACAGACCCGGCCCCGCUGGGGGCGGGGCCGGUAAGUCACGCCUCUCGCGUCCGCCCGGGAUGGUUGUGGAGCAGCCGCGUAGCCCUGAGGGGCGGAGACUUGCGCUAGUUCUUGCAGCCGGUAGAGCUGGGAGGGCGGCGUCGCUUCCACUAAUCUUCCGGCUUCUCAAAACUGCGUCGCCGCUUUUCAGAGGCUGGGGAUACGCCCUUCGCGAAAGCCGGGCCACUCUCCGAAGUCGCUGGCAGCUGCAUCCCAAUAUUCUCUCAUUCUGGUUCUCUCCCCCGUGAGAACCCUGGCUGUGUACUGCCCACGUUCCUAGACGCACUGUCCCCUGCCCCUGUAAAAUGUCCAGUAACCUACAGAGGGUGUUCCUGAAACCCGCAGAAGAAAAUUCAGGCAACGCCUCGCCUUGUGUUUCAGGCUGCAUGUACCAAGUAGUUCAGACGAUUGGCUCGGAUGGAAAAAAUCUUCUGCAGUUACUUCCAAUUCCUAAUUCUUCUGGAAAUCUUGUUCCGCUAGUUCAAUCUCCAGUCAUGUCUGAUGCUUUGAGAGGGAACACAGGAAAACCAGUGCAAGUUACUUUUCAGACUCAAAUUUCCAGCUCCUCCACAAGUGCAUCAGUUCAAUUGCCCAUUUUACAGCCAGCCAAUUCUUCAAACUAUUUUCUUACAAGAACAGUAAAUACAGCAGAAAAAGGUAGAGUUACUUCUGUGGGAACUGAAAAUUUUGUUUCAUCAUUUUCUAAAGUUAAGAGUCAUGGUGUGAAAAUUGAUGGACUCACCAUGAAAACAUUUGCUGUUCCUCCCUCAACACAAAGUGAUUCAUCUUACAUUGUAUUCAAUCCCCCAAGUCUUCCAAUGACUGUGAAAUCUCCAGUUUUGCCUUCUGGGCAUCAUUUACAGAUUCCAGCCCAUGCUGAAGUGAAAUCUAUACCUGCAUCAUCAUUGCCUCCUUCAGUUCAGCAAAAGAUACUUGCAACUGCAACCACAAGUACCUCAGGAACAGUUGAGGCCUCCCAAAUGCCAACAGUUAUUUAUGUAUCUCCUGUAAAAACAGUGAAAAAUGUAGUUAUCAAGAACUUUCAAAAUAUUUAUCCAAAACCUGUUAGAGAAAUACCAAAACCAAUGAUACUAAAUACCACACAAAUUCCAGCAAAAGUUGCUACAGAGACACAAUUAAAAGGUGGUCAGCAUUCUCAAGCUACUCCAGUGAAAUGGAUUUUUCAAGAAAAUCUACAACCUUGUACUCCAUCUCGUGUUCCUGUUAAAUCUUCAAAUAAUGUGGCAUCAAAAAUUUUAAAGAGUUUUGUAGAUGGGAAAAGUUUGGGAGAUAAUACUUUAAGUAUGCCACCAUUGAGUACUGUUGGCCCUAAAGGGACACAAUCUGUAAAUGUGCCUUUAAAAGAUAAUGCAUUGGUUAUGUUUAAUGGGAAAGUCUACCUGUUGGCUAAAAAGGGGACAGAUGCUCUGCCAUCACAAAUUGAUCAACAAAAUUCUGUUUCUGUUGAUACUUCCCUAAGAAAAGACACAUCACAGGUAGUGAGUUCAAGUCCAGUCACAGAAAUAUCCAGAGAGGUUGUAAAUAUUGUUCUAGCUAAAAGUAAAUCUUUCCAGAUGGAGAUAAAAUCACUUACAAAUACCCAGCCUUCUUCCAUGGUCAAUAUAAGUUCAGAGAAGAAUAAAAAAGUGGAGAAACCACCUCUUUCUACCACAAACCCAAAUAAUAUGAACCAAACCAGUAACUACCCAAACCAGAGUAAGACUUUAUUCACAAAGCCACUCUUUCCAGAUGGAUUUAGUAGACAGACUGCCCCAAGAAAAAGAAAUAUCAUCCAGAGCAUAGAGAAAAUAAGUUCCUCUGUUGAUGCAACAGCUGUUACUUCACAACAGUGUGUUUUCAGAGACCAAGAACCAAAGAUCCAGAAUGCAAUGGCAUCAGCAUUAGAAAACCGUGCUCAACAAAGCAAGGGCGUGAAGGAGUCUCAAGAAAGCACUAAUAAGCCAUCAUGUUUGAAGAGUGAUGCUGAAUUUAUAAAGAUAUUUGGUCUCACUAAAGAUUUGAGAGUUUGCCUUACUCGAAUUCCUGACCGUUUGCACUGUGGAAAAGGUUUUGAUUACUUCAGCAGUUUGGUGAAGAGCGGUACAUACAGAGAGACAGAGUUUGUGGUGAAGGAAGAGGAAAAGAAACAGAGUUGUGGUAAGAAAAGAAAAGCAAAAACCAGUAAGAAGAUGGAUCACACAAAGAAGAGAAAAGUGGAGAGUGCUGUUAACACAGUCACAAAUGGGGAAACAAAUGUCCCCACUUCUGAACCCGCUAGCAGUGUUUUACCAACUUCAGAUACACCACAACAUAACAUUCUCCCAAGCCAUAGCAAAACCAGAGAAGAAAAGAGAACCGAUAAAGCACACUGUUCCCAAGAACAGCAGGAGAAAGGUGCAUUGAAAUCAAAUGUAAUUUUUGAACAAAGUGAUUCCUUUAGUAAAAAUUAUACUGAAGAUAUUUUCCCAGUGACACCACCAGAACUAGAAGAAACCAUCCGAGAUGAAAAAAUAAGAAGACUUAAACAGGUGCUGAGAGAGAAAGAAGCAGCUCUUGAAGAAAUGCGUAAGAAGAUGCAACAAAAAUAACAAAAUGUCCUGUACUUAAAGACUUGAAAUGAAAUCACUUUUUAAAUAGGCCUUUUUUAUUAAUACAGUACUCCCUUCAUAUCUGCCAGGGAUACAUUCCAUGAUUCCAGUGGAUGUCUGAAACCGAAGAUAGUAUUGAACUCUGCAGUUCCUUGACAGCCACUCCCAUACUGAAGACAGCUACUUAAAUACCACUAUGGACACCCUGGACAAAGGGAUGAUUUGUGUUUUGAGCAGGACAGUAUAAGAUUGCAUUGCACUACUCAGAAUUGACAUACAACUCAAACCUAUAAACUAUUUCUUCUUAGAGCUCUCCAUUUAGUAUUUUGGACACCAUGGAAAACAAAACUAUAAAGAGGGACUACUGUAAGUUAACUAUAGGUGCAUUAAAAUGUUUUUGAAUAUGAGACUUGCUUUUUUGUCAGCUGAUUAUAAAAUUUUAUUUAAGGAAUACAGAAAAGCUUGAUUCACAUGACAUGUGAAUGAUAUAGAUGAGAUACCUAAACCAUUGUCUUUAGAUACGUUUUUUGGAAGGAAAUUAUUUUUCUAUUGUCAUAACUGAAACUCCCCAAGUUUGGGUAUUUGUACAGGGUUUUUAUUACUGUAUCUUUAGCUGAAUUUCUCAUAUGUUGUUCCAGUGGUAGUUAAUAUAUACUGUUGAAAUUUUGCAAUUCAAGAGAAGAAAUGAGCUGUAAACAUAACUUUACGAUUGAGUUUGUGUAUCUACUGAUGGUCUCCUUACCCAUAAAAAUGACAUUACCUUCUAUUUACCAUUGUUAAGUUUUUAAAAAUUUUAUGAAAGAAAAUAUAUUACAGGAGCAUUGUCCAGAUGUUGAAAUAUUUCUCAAGUAUGAAGGAUACUUAUUUUAUAAUUGUACAAACUUAUUUUGUAAAUCAAAAACAGUAUUUGGAAUUCAGGCUGUUUGAGUGUUUGAUGUAUUAUUGGCUUAAAGUGAUAUAUUAUUGGGCAGCAGUUCUUUCUCCUUUUCCUUUUUGCUGUAUACGUGUACAUGUUAAAUAGUGUGAAAAGUAGAUCUGAACACUUGUCACAUUGAACACUUACUAACCUGUAUACUUUCCUUAGGAGAGUCAUACGUUUUUCUUUCUGGUUAAUCUUUGAUUUGGGAGAGAUUAUGAGACUAGUGUGGGCCCAGGGAUUAAGAAGGGGGAAGACAGUAAAGUUAUUAAAAUGAUUAGCAAGUCCUGGAAACAGUACACCUUAAAAUAACUAUAUAAUGGCAAUAAAAAUAGUAAACCAGAACAUACUCAACAGGAGUUAACUCAGCCAACUAGGUUCUUUUCUUUUUAGUAGCAGCUUUAUUGAGAUAUAAUCCACAUACUAUAAAGUUCACCCUUGCAAAGUGGUUUUAUUCAAAGCUGUGCCUUUAUCAAUACUUCAGAACAUUUUCAACAUCCUCAAAACUCAUGCCCAUUAGCAAUCACCUCAUUCCCCACUCCCCCAUCUAAGCAACACAGUGUUUAGGUAGAAUUACUUAUGGUGAACAUUUUGUAUACAUGAAAUUAUAUAUUCACUUUAGAAACUUUUUUCCACUUAAUAUUUUCAAGGUUUGUUAUAUCGUAGCAUAUAUUGGUACUUCAUUAUUUAUUGCCAAAUAAUAUUUCACUGUACUGAUACACAGUCAUCCCCUAGUAUCUGUGGCAGAUUGGUUACAGAAACCCCAAGGAUACCAAAAUCCAUGGAUGUUAAGUCCUUUUUGUAAAAUGGCAUAGUAUUUGCAUAUGUUACAUCCUCCUGGAUAAUUUAAAUAAUUUAUAGGUUGCUUGUAAUACCUAAUACAAUGUAAAUUCUACAUAGAUAAUUAUACUGUCUUGUAUACAAAAUAAUAAGGAAAGAAUAUAUUCAGUGCAGAUGUAAUUAUUUUCCAAAAUUUUUGAUGCAGUGUUUGUUGUGGAACUCACGGAAAAAGUGAGUAUUUGUUCAUCUGUUACAGGUAUUUGGGUUGUUUCGUUUUUGAGCUAUUUAAAAUAUUUCUAUGAACAUUAAUGUACAAAUUGUAGUGUAAAUAUGUUUUCAGUUCUCUUGGGUAUAUAACAAGGAAUUUAAUAAUUGAGUCACACAAUAACUCUUAUGUUUAUCAUUUGAGGCACUGCUAAACUAUUCAGUCAAGUUUUGCUCCCCCAACUUCACUGAAACACAUCUUGUCAAAGUCACCAGUGAUUUCCAUGUUACUGUAUCCCUAGGUUAACUUCAUAGUUUAUCGGUAGAACAUGAUUCCACAAAUUGUCAUUUCCUUUCAUAAAUGUAUAAAAACUACAGAAGUAAUGUAUGUGUUUGUAGAAAAUUAGAAAAUAUAGCAAACUAAAAUACUAAAAAUUAAAAUAUCACACUAAAAUUAAAAUGUCA